UUCUCAACACUCUCCCCUCAGAAACCCUCCCUCCCUUUUCACUUCUUAUUCUCUCUCUUUUUCUUUCGCACUGCUCCGUUUCUCUUUCUAUCAAAGCAAACACUCUCUUAACCAUGAACGUCACUUCUAUUCGUCUCGAGUCUAAUCCUAUCACUUCUUCUAAGUGGGCCCACCGUCCAGCCCACCGCAGGUCUCUUCUUCCUCCUCGAAACGUCGUUAUAUGCUCCCUGAAACCUCCCUCUUCGUCGUUGAGCGUUGCCGAGUCAGCCUCCACCGACUCAUUGAGUCGUAUCGGGUCACUGAGUCAAGUUUCUGGUGUGUUGGGUUGCCAAUGGGGCGAUGAAGGUAAAGGCAAACUUGUCGACAUUUUGGCGGAGCAUUUCGACGUUGUCGCUCGUUGCCAGGGUGGGGCUAAUGCUGGUCAUACAAUAUACAACUCAGAAGGAAAGAAAUUUGCCCUUCACCUUGUUCCGUCUGGUAUUCUUAAUGAGGAUACUCUCUGUGUUAUUGGCAAUGGAGUUGUGGUUCACUUGCCGGGGCUGUUUAAGGAAAUUGAUGGCUUGGAAUCCAAUGGUGUUUCUUGCAAAGGAAGGAUAUUGGUGUCUGACCGUGCUCACUUGUUGUUUGAUUUCCAUCAAGAGGUUGAUGGGCUUAGAGAAGCGGAGCUUGCUAAGUCGUUUAUCGGAACUACUAGAAGAGGGAUUGGACCUUGUUACUCGAGCAAGGUGAUUCGUAAUGGUAUUAGAGUAAGUGACUUGAGGCACAUGGAUACUUUCCCUCAAAAACUUGAUCUUUUACUAUCAGAUGCUGCUUCGAGAUUCCAAGGUUUUAACUAUGGCCCAGAAAUGCUUAGGGAAGAAGUUGAGAGAUACAAGAGAUUUGCUGAGAGGUUGGAACCCUUCAUUGCGGAUACUGUGCAUGUCAUGAAUGAAUCUAUUGCACAGAAGAAGAAGAUUUUGGUUGAAGGUGGCCAAGCUACCAUGCUGGACAUUGACUUUGGAACUUAUCCUUUUGUGACUUCAUCGAGCCCGUCAGCUGGUGGGAUCUGCACUGGUCUUGGUAUUGCUCCAAGAGUUGUUGGUGAUCUCAUUGGAGUGGUGAAAGCAUACACUACAAGGGUCGGUUCUGGUCCUUUCCCUACGGAGAUCUUAGGUCAAGGGGGUGACCUUCUUAGGUUUGCCGGACAGGAGUUUGGAACCACAACGGGUCGUCCUCGCCGUUGUGGUUGGCUUGAUAUAGUUGCACUGAAGUACAGCUGUCAAAUUAAUGGCUUUUCUUCUUUGAACCUUACCAAACUUGAUGUUUUGUCUGAUCUUCAUGAAAUUCAGUUGGGAGUUGCUUAUAAACAGAUUGAUGGUACUCCAAUUCAAUCAUUCCCAGCAGAUCUUCGUCUUCUUGAACAAUUGAAGGUUGAAUACGAAGUUCUACCUGGAUGGAAGAGUGAUAUUUCUUCUGUUAGAAACUACUCCGACCUUCCAAAGGCUGCACGGCGAUAUGUAGAGAGGAUAGAAGAACUUGUUGGGGUACCAGUCAAUUACAUUGGUGUCGGGCCUGGACGGGAUGCUCUCAUAUUCAAGUAAUUGAAAUAUUAUUUACUUAGACAACCCGAUUCCAUUAUUAUGCAAUGCUGCAACAUUUUAGCAUGAUUACUUAAUCGGGCAAAAUUUUUGGACAGAAUAAGAAGUUACGAAGUAGAUCUGUCCAUUUACAUACGGUGUUUACUUUGAAUUGUAUGUUUAAUUAUGUUAAAUCAUUAGAGAUGUCAGUCAUGUCACAGUUUGUUAAGUGCAAAUUAGGGAAGAGAUUUUUCUGUUCCAACAGUCAUUUGAGCCCUUUAAUAAUGUAGUUACGCCAGCUUUUGUAGUUUGGAAUCUCAAAUUAGUUCUUGGUUGCAAUAUUUUGUUAAGGCCCCAUGCUCCUA